AUGCGUCUGACUGAGCUGCUCUUCAUCGGAAUACUAAGUGUGGGAGUCACCUUGGGCCGGUUGAACUCCCGCCAACCCAGCGGUUAUACACCGCACCGCAUUGUGGGUGGCUCCGAUGUCCCGGCUGGAGAGCACGUUCCGUACCAAGUGUCCCUGCAGUAUAGUACCCGCGGUGGUCAGAUGCACUUCUGCGGUGGCUCCAUCAUCGCCCCCAACCGCAUCCUAACUGCUGCCCACUGUUGCCAGGGUCUCAAUGCUAGUCGCAUGUCCGUGGUGGCCGGCAUCCGGGGCCUGGACGAACGGGGAUCUCGCUCCAAAGUCUUGUCCUACAUCAUCCAUCCUAACUACCAGGAGCUGGUGACCAGCGACAUAGCCGUCUUGUCCAUAGAUCCGCCGCUGAAGUUUGACAAUGCCAGCAUUGGCGCCAUAGAGUUCCGCGGGAAAGAGUUCGUGGGCGGCGGCGUUCCCGUGACUUUGACGGGCUGGGGCCUCCGGUUGCCAGUGCCCUUUCCCUUCCUGGACAACAUCAACUAUCCAAACACCAUGCAGCGGAUGAGUUAUCACACGAUCACGAACAGGGAGUGCAGGGACAGGGGCAUGGAAAGCGUUACGGAUACGGAAAUCUGCGCCCGAGGUCCCUUCAGGGGAGCCUGCUCAGGCGACUCUGGAGGACCGCUGGUAACAACGGAUAAGGGACUAAAACAAGUGGGCGUAGUGUCCUACGGCCUGGUUGUCUGCGCUCUGUUCAUCUCCCCGGACGUCUACACCCGGGUGUCCACCUUCAGUGAUUGGAUCGAAGGCCAACUAGAGUCCUAG